AUGAUCAUCACACGCGGAAUCUCCCUUGUCAACUUCGCCGUCGCGUCCUCGGCGCUCGCGUUCCAAGUCUUCGUCCUAUAUCCGUGGCACAAUCAACUAGAUGCCGAGUUCAAGGCGCUAAAGGAGGAACAUAUUCGAGUGCUGAACCAGAUGAGUCGGAGGACCGUGUCUCAGUGA